AUGGCGAUGAUAUUGUUGCAACUGUGUUACGCAGUAGUGACUCUUUCUGCAAGAGUUACUUUGGUUAAUGGAACAAGCCCUCGGGUUUUUAUCCUAUACAGGCAAGUCUUUGCAACCAUUUUCAUCUUCCCAUUUCUCUACUUCUCAAGAUACGAGACAGUCAAUAUCCGGAAUAUUAGAGGCUUAGCAAAGAUAUCAGGGGCGGUUCUAUGUGUAGUAGGAGCAAUCUCCAUGACUUUGCUUCGUGGACCAAAGAUUCUUAACUCGGAAUCUACUUUACCGUUAGAAAAUUCGUUACUAGGAGAUCUUACGGACCAGAACAUGUGGCUCAUUGGUUGUUUGUGUGUGUUCGCUAGCACUGUUUGCUAUUCUUUAUGGCUAACAUUUCAGGUCCCAGUCUCUGCUUAUUACCCAGACCACCUCUCUUUAUCAGCGUGGAUGUGUUUAUUCGGCACGAUACAAUGUGCAGUCGUCACUUUCUUCUUUGAUAAAGACCCAAACGCUUGGAUUAUCCAUUCUUACUCAGAGUUAGCGACUUGUCUCUACGCUGGAGUUGUAUCGUCAGCGCUUGCUUUUACGGUCCAAGCUUGGGUUAUAUCUAAGAGAGGCCCUUUGUUCUCUGCAAUGUUUAACCCUCUCUGUACAGUCAUUGUCACAAUCUUGGCUUCUCUGAUCCUUAGAGAAGAGAUGUUCACCGGAAGCUUAAUCGGAGGAAUAUGUGUGAUCAUGGGACUUUACAUUGUGCUCUGGGGUAAAGCCGAAGAUGUCAUGAUAAAUCAAGAACAGAGAGACAUUACGAAUAACUCAGGAGUGAAAAUUCAGAUCGAAGAUUCUCCAAACACAGUAAACUGUAACGGGGAUCUGAAGAAUCCACUUCUGUCCUAA